AUGUUCACAGACCUGAGACUUACCGACGGAGGGACCGCGCUGUCCUCGCCCUCGGUUGGUGCCCAAGGAGAAACCGCCGCUGAAGCAGAAGGGGCUCUGCUCAACACCUACGAUAGCGCCAUCAAGACAUCGUCUGACCCCCUUCUCCCCGACGACCGCCAGACCGACGGCAGUGAUGCGAAGCGGCGCCAUCAAGUCGCCACGCAACCUCCUGGCGUCUCGCCAACGCCUUCUCCGGACCGCCACCGGGCGAGCACCGCCUUCGACGCGGCGGAUGAUCCUUCUCGCGCUUCCCAGAGUCCGGGUGGCGUCGACGGCGAUUGCUGCUCCGAGAGCGGAGAGCCCGGGAACUCGGAGCACCCACCUGCGGCUGUAGCGGUAGCUUUUUCGCGGUCCUUCGUAAACGGGGCUUCGGACGGCGACCAGGAAGGCGCGGCGGAUCUCCGGGCGAUGUCGUCGGGGCCGGGUAGCGCCCGAGGUUUACCGGGUGCGGUGCCGGAGCGGCGGCAGCAGCACGGGGCGGCGGUUGGAGAGGCUACGGCGAUCGCUGCAGGUGAUGAAUCCGACGGUGGCGUCGGCGGAGGGUGUGGCGGAGAACGGCGCCGGAGUGUCGCCGCGGUCUGCCCCGAGCACGCCUCCUCGUCCUCCUCCUCCGCCUUGGGCGAUGAAACCGUCGUCGUCGUCGCGGAGGGAAGAGCGGCGGAGAAGGAGACGGGCGGUGACGAUAAUGUUGCGCCCAACGGCGAUCCGACGACGGGAGGAGGCGACAGCCCGGUGGUUUCCGCACCGGCCGUGGACGGUCAUGGAGGACUUCACCUUGCCGGGCCACGGAGGCGGAAGGGUGAGAGGGCGGCAGGGGCCGAACUCAAGCAGAGGAAGCCUGAUAAUGAGUCUUUGGCGCAGGGUGACGUCCCCCUGGAGGUCGAUGAGAGCUCUGCUGGCGGUAUUUCUGGUGCUGAUGCUGAUGAGUUUCAUCCAAGCAUUGGCAUCGUUCCGAGCGACAGUUCUGACGUGACCGGCAGCAAAAGAACCGCGAGCUCCGGCUGCGCUGGUGACGGUUAUCGCACAGCCGUUGACGAGGACGGUUGUUCCAGCGGCGACGAGGGCUCGCUAGACGCCGCAGAGGAGUGGAACAUCGUCCCCAGGCCCGUGACAGCCGGCGACGCGAGCAGCGUCGAGUCUGGCAGGUGUUCGGACGGCGCCUCGGGACGGGGGCUCCCGCCGCGAAAUAUCAGUGUGGGGGGGCACGACGACGAGGACGAUGAUGAUGACGUGGUUGACGUAGGGAGAAGGCCGGGGGGAAGGGUCGCCAGGGGUGGCUCGGCGAGACGGCGGAAGGUGUUGGUGGAGUCCUCGGAGUCGGGUUCUUCUACACCGGGGAGUGAGGGGGCCCGCGGAGAAGAACGAGGCUUCGCUCCCCGUGGCCCUGUCGUCGUCAGCAGCGAGGCCCAUGAUGGGGAGACCUGCAGCGGUGGCGAUGCUGGGCGCGGUGUUACCGCUGCCGCAGCCGGGACGAUGCCAUCUCGCCGCCCUCGUCGCCAGGGGAGGAGGGUUAUCGACGACGACGACGAGGAGAGUAGCGACGAUUCUACCCAGGAGGAGGUCGUCCGAUCUGUGAGCAGCACCGGUAGGAAGAAUGCAGAUAUCGGGGGGUUCUCCUACGUCGUCGAGAGCUCUUUUGAGGAUGAGGAAGAGGAGGAGGAAGAGGAGGAGGAGGAAGACGUAAGUGAACAUCAGCGACCCACGGCGGGCAUAGCUCAGAAGGAGAAGCCCACUGCUGCUGCCGCUUCCUCGGCGCCGUCGGAGGGUGAAUCGUCCGACGACGCGGGCGAAGCGAUCCGAUCCCGAAGACGACCAAGAGCUGCCGCACGUGGUAAGCGCUCUGCUUCCGCGGUUCAAGUCGCCGAUUCCUCUUCGUCUCCGGCCAGUAGCAGGACGGCAGCCGGCGGCGUUUCUCCCCGGGGCGACAAAAUCACUUCCACCCGCGACGACGGUCAUGACAUCGACGACGACGACGACGAUGAGUGGUCUAUCGGCCCCUCUACCAGACGCCCUAAUCUCGAUCGCCGUCGCAAGGUGCAAGAAGGCCCGUCCUCCGACAAAGACUCACCGCGUCCGUCUCCGGCCGCUGAGACGCCCGCGAAGAGCAGUCGCCCGGCGAAGCCCCGCAGGGCGGAGCCUGCCGAGGACAGGAGGGGAGGGGGGCCCGCAGAAGGGAAAUCAGGGGGAACCGUGAGAAAGAAAGGGCGCGCCCAAGGCGGUGGCGUUGAUUCGGCUGCGGGAGGUCUGACCGGCGCUGCGUUCUCGAGGGCAAGAGACAGCCUGACGGCAAAGUACUUCGCGGAGUUCAACGAGGGUGCCUUCGGGGGGGCCCUGUCCGACGUGAAGGUGGCCUGGAGCGCGCGCCUUUCGACCACGGCGGGGGUGACCAAGUCCCUCCGCCGGGUUAAUCCCUCCGGGGAGGACUACGCCUACCUGUCCACGGUCGAGCUGUCGACCAAGGUUUUGGACAGCGAGGACAAGCUCCAACAGCAGACGCUUCUGCACGAGCUCUGCCACGCCGCCGCCUGGGUGGUCGACCACAAGUCCAACCCCCCUCACGGGGAACACUUUUGGGCCUGGGCCAACCGCGCGAAGGCGGCCCACCCGGGGGUACCCAUCACCACCUGCCACAGCUACGCCAUCAACUACAAGUACCGCUACACGUGCGUGGGGGCGAGCUUGGCGGGAGGCGGCGGUAGUGGCUGCGACGACGAGGCGGGACUGUCAGGGGGUCGGGGUUGUGGAGCGGUGAUCGGCAGGCACUCCAAGUCCAUCGACGUGGCGAGACAGGUUUGCGGCCGAUGCAAGGGGCGGCUCGUACUCUUCGGCACCCACGGCACGGACGGGAAGCUCAAGAAGCCGCGCGCGGCGACCGGGUUCAGCCUGUUCGUCAAGGAGCGAUACGCCGAGGUCAAGGGGGCUCUUCCCCCCGGCACCAAGCAGCAGCAGGUCAUGAAGGAGAUGUCGAGGCAGUGGGCAGCGCGCGGGAACGUUGGUAGUGCCGCAGGCGGCGGCGACCGCCCGUCCUCCGCCGGUGCGGAUAGGAUCGGUAAGGCUAACGCCAAGGCUAAGGCUGCGGGUGAUCGCGGCAGCGGCGCAGGAGCGGUUCCCCUUCUUGACAAGGAGAACGCCUCGUUCGUUGACCUGACGUGA